AUGUCUAAAAGAAAAAACGAGUUUUCAUCUGAAUCUUACAACAAAGGAAAGGAAAACAUUUCUAACGGUGUUUCAGCCAUCUUAAAUACGAAUGCAUCUACAAAUAUUACAACUGGUCAUACAAAUGAAACAAUCUGUUUUGCUAAACUGUCUAUUUUUUCCCUUACAGUUCGUAGAGGUAGAAGACCAUUAUCGACAAUUACUAAUGUUGUUGUCCCCACUGUAACACAAGAUCAGGCAAGACAUAGUCGAAAAAUUAGGAAAGUAUUAUUGGAUAACAAAAGAUCUAAAUUACAUGGAUGUCCAUCAAAUGUUGACCAUACAAUGGUCAUAACAACUGAUUCGCUACCCACUCCUUCUAUUCCGACCGUUACCCAACAAUUAUCUGCUUUAUCUGCAGAUAACAACCGUUUAAGGGAAGUAAAUUUGGAGAAUACAAGAUCUCCUCUGAGAAAUAGUAUAUCAUAUUCCAAUAGGAAUAUACGUAGCUCUCCUGAUCUAGAAGCAACUCCAAAUGUCAUUACUAAUCGAACUGCAUCAUUCAUGGGAACAAGCAAUUUAAGUUGUGUUACGAACAAUGGUACUCCACCAGCAGACGCUACUCCCGGUAAACGUAAGUUAAUUGGUAGACCACGAAUUACUUCUCCAAUACCAAUUAUUGACUUUACCACAGAGCAGAUUGUGGUUCAAGAUCCCUUGAAAGGUGUUUCAAAAGAUUAUUUGGACCAUGGUGACCAAUGCGUUACUUGUGAAGUAUGUAAUGCAAAGUUGUGGAAUGCAGAAAAAGGAAAAGGAAGAAAAAAGGAUGGAAAAGUUUGUUAUUUCAUUUGUUGUUCUUAUGGCAUAGUAGAGCUUCCAGAUUACAAAGAUGCAAGAGGAAGUUAUCGAAUCCUGUUUACUAACAAUGGUGAUGAAAGCAAACACUUUUUUAAAAAUAUUCGCCGUUACAAUUCAAUGUUCGCAUUUACUUCAAUGGGUGGUAAGGUUGAUUCGACGGUUAACAGAGGCAAUGGUCCUUUUUGCUUUAGAAUUAGCGGUGAGAAUUAUCAUACAAUUGGAAGUCUUAUGCCAAUCAACGGAGCUCAACCAAAAUUUUGCCAACUAUACAUAUAUGAUACUGAGAACGAAAUUUCAAACAGGCAAUCGAUAUUUAGGGGUUCAGAUGGUGCAUCUUCUUCUUCCUCGGCAAAUGUUGAUCGUAAACUAAUCGAACAUAUAAAGGAUGUACUAGACAAUGACAAUGAGUUGGUCAAAACUUAUAGAAGAGGUAGGGAUUCCUUCCAAGACAACCCUAAUGUAAAUGUGAAGCUUCGAAUAAUUGGAGCAAGAGAAAAAGAUGGUCGCACGUAUAACUUACCAACGGCUGGUGAGAUUGCUGCUCUUAUUGUUGGUGAUAUCGAAAAUGUCGUUGAAAAUAGAGAUAUUGUAGUUGAGACUCGAACAGGUGAACUAAAAAGAAUUAGUGAGUUGCAUCCAUCAUAUCUCGCACUACAAUAUCCGAUUCUGUUUCCGUACGGAGAUGAUGGCUACAGAAUUGAUAUCCCUCAUAGAGGUGUUGUUGAUGUUGUUAAUAAAACACGUCCAAAGUGUACUAUGAGAGAGUUCUUUGCCUAUCGUAUCCAGGAUCGUAUAAAUCAGUUUUCAUUAAUCCUUAAUUCUAAGAGGCUUUUCCAGCAGUUCUUGGUUGACGCGUAUACUAUGAUAGAGAGCGAGAGACUUAGGUACAUACGAUAUCAACAAAAAGAUCUUAGGUCCGACACAUAUGAAAGCCUCCGUAAAUUACGAAGUAAAGGUCAAGAUGAUAUAUCUAAAGCUGGAAAACAUUAUUUUAUUACCAUAACAUGCAAUCCAAAAUGGCCAGAAGUUCAACGGUUUCUCAAAGACACCAAUCUUAGUCCGGAAGAUAGGCCUGAUAUCCUGUCUAGACUCUUCAAAAUAAAACUCGAUUCAAUCUGCAAAGAUUUAAAAAAGAAGCAUCUAUUAGGCAAAGCUUCAGCAGUUGUUUACACUAUUGAGUUCCAAAAACGUGGUUUGCCUCAUGCACAUUUAUGCUUAUUCAUGGAACCUGAAUUCAAACUACCUACUGUGGACCAUGUUAAUUCAUUUAUAUCUGCUGAAAUUCCAAACAGAGAUGAAGAUCCAGAAUUAUUCAUCCUGGUGAAAGAGUAUAUGAUACAUGGUCCAUGUGGUAAUGCUAGGUUGAGCUCUCCAUGUAUGGUAGAUAUGAAGUGUUCAAAAGGCUUUCCAAAAAAGUUUCAAGAUCAUACAGCACUAGAUUCAAAUGGGUUUCCAUUAUACAGAAGGAGAAACAAUGGUGCCUCUGUUGUGAAAAAUAAAAUUGAGCUUGAUAACAGGAGUGUUGUUCCUUAUAACAAAAAAUUAUUGAAAAGAUAUCAAGCUCAUAUCAACGUUGAAUGGUUCAAUCAAGCCGCGUCUAUAAAAUAUCUUUUUAAAUACAUCAAUAAAGGUCCUGAUAGAGCCACUAUAGCUGUUGUGCAUGGUGAUAAUCAACCGGAAGAGCAACCACAAGACGAGAUCAAAGAGUAUUACGAUUGCCGCUAUAUAUCAGCUUGCGAAGCAUCUUGGAGGAUAUUUGCUAACGAAGUACAUUAUAGAAGACCUUCUGUUAUGAGGCUUCCAUUCCAUUUACCUGGCCAAAAACCUGUUGUUUUCGGCCCUGACGAGGAUAUUAACUCAGUUCUAAACAAACCGUCAGUUAAAUCUUCAAUGUUUCUAUCAUGGAUGGAACGUAAUGAAGACCCAAAUGACCUGUUGCUUGACAAGCGAGUAUGGGAACCAAGAAAAGGGAAAAAAUCAAUUGGCAGGAUUCAUUCCGUAUCUCCAUCUUUAGGUGAAGCGUAUUUCUUGAGAAUUCUUCUUAACAAGGUUAGAGGACCAACAUCGUUUUACGACAUUAAAACAGUUAAUGGUAAAGUUUACGAUACAUACAGAGAUGCUUGCUACGCACUUGGUCUUUUAGAUGAUGAUUCAGAAUAUGUAGAGGCAAUAAAAGAAGCAAAUUUAACUGGAAGCGCUUCAUACAUUCGGAAUUUAUUUUCUACGAUGUUGUUAUCCGGUAGUCUUUCUAGACCUGAGGUUGUUUGGGAAAGUUCGUGGAGAUACAUGGCGGACGAUUUUGUUUACAGAUUAGCUAAAUACCAUCGAGUUACAGCGUUAUCAAUUCCGGAUCACCAACUGAAGAACUAUGUCUUGGUCGAAAUUGAAAAGUUUUUAUUGCGAAAUAAUUCUUCUUUGCGAAGAUUUGAAUCAAUGCCAUAUCCAGAUAUGUCGUCUUCAGGUAUUUCCGAUUGUUGUUUGAUAUACGAGGAGCAGGCAUAUGAUACAACAUACCUUGGAAAUCUGUACGAUAGUCAGUUGACAAUGUUAACUGAUGAACAACGCUCUGUUUUUGAAGAGAUUAUGGCAGCAGUAAACAGUGAUAACGGUCGGAUUUUUUUCCUUUAUGGCUAUGGCGGAACAGGUAAAACAUUUCUAUGGAAGACAUUGUCCGCUGCAAUUAGAUCAAGAGGUCAAAUCGUGUUAAAUGUGGCUUCAAGUGGAAUUGCAUCGUUGUUGUUAGAUGGUGGCAGGACUGCACAUUCCAGGUUUAGCAUACCGUUGAAUCUUACUGAAGAUUCCGUAUGCAAUAUAAAACCAGAAAGUGAUCUGUCUAAAUUACUUCAUGAGACUAAAUUGAUAAUUUGGGAUGAAGCACCUGUGGUUCACAAACAUGCAUUUGAAGCGCUCGACAGAACAAUGAAUGACGUUUUCAACAUUGACACAUCUCUCAAUUCUGAAAUCCGAUUUGGAGGUAAGGUUAUUGUUUUUGGAGGGGAUUUUAGACAAAUAUUACCUAUUGUUCCAAAUGGUGGCAGACAAGAGAUUGUUAAUGCCUCCUUAUGUUCGUCUUAUUUGUGGAGUAAAUGUAAAUUGAUAAGACUAACUAGAAACAUGAGGUUAACGGUUGGAAGAUCUACGGCUGAUGUUGAUGAAAUAAAUAGUUUUGGCAAAUGGCUUUUGGAUUUGGGUGAGGGUAACGUUGGUGGUCCAAAUGAUGGAGAAGCAACUAUUGAAAUACCACAAGAUCUUUUGAUUACUGAUCCAUCUGAUCCAAUUGGAAGUUUAAUUGAUUUUGUUUAUCCAUCAAUCUUGGAAAACGUAGACGCCCAUAACUAUUUUAGUGACCGGGCCAUACUUGCACCUAAAAAUGAAGUUGUUCAUGAGAUUAAUGACAGGUUGCUAGCAAUGUUUCCUGGUGAAGAAAAAGAGUAUCUUAGCUCUGACAGUCUUUGUCCGUCUGAAGAUGUAAAUUCUACACAACAAAGACUUUACUCUCCGGAUGUGCUCAAUGGUCUUAAAAUAUCUGGCCUACCAAAUCAUAGGUUAGUCCUUAAAGUUGGUGUUCCAGUCAUGUUAUUAAGAAAUAUUGAUCAACGGAAUGGAUUGUGCAACGGUACAAGGCUACAAGUAAAGAAGCUGCACAAUCGUGUAAUAGAAGCGGAGAUAAUAUCUGAUUCAAAUAUUGGUACUUGCACAUAUAUCCCUCGAUUAAACUUGAUACCUUCUGAUAAAAAGAUUCCUUUCUCUUUUCAAAGAAGACAAUUUCCACUGGCCGUAUGUUUUGCAGUGACCAUCAACAAAAGUCAAGGUCAAUCUCUUUCAAGAGUAGGUUUGUACCUCAAACAACCAGUCUUCUCUCAUGGUCAGUUGUAUGUUGCCUUAUCAAGGGUGAAAACAAGAAAUGGUGUCAAGAUACUCAUACUUGACAACAACGGAAAACCUACGGAUAAAACAACUAAUGUGGUGUAUAAAGAGAUAUUCAACGAAUUGUGA